AUGGACACAUCCGAACCUAGUCCGACUCCUUACCGUUGGUAUUACCGGGCAGACUGUGGACAUUGGCACCUAUUUGAGGUAAUUUCUUUAAAUUAUGAUCCGUUUUUCAGAGUUGAUCUAAAGUACAUUAAACAUUGAUAUGUGUGAGAACUUAGGCAUGCUUUCUCAUUUAUACAGGAUGAUCCUGAUUGCCAGCUCACAAGUAUGAUUAUUGAAACAUACUAUCUCAGAAACCCCAGGGGAAUUUUAAAGUCAUCUUCAUCUGGCCAACACUUUGAGAUUGAUUUCUCAGGUAUGUUGCUUUAUUGACAAAAAAUUUUUUAUCUCUGCAUGAAGAACUAGCUUUUGACAUGCUUUUUGUGUUUUUAAUGCAGCAAUGUUGCGGACAAACCUCAAAACAGGGAGAAAAAUGCGGAUCACACGGGACUCUAACGUUAAGACAAGGUGAUACAAGGUUUAAAUCACAAAAGUUUGUCAGUUAUUUCACAUUCAAUAAAGAAAUUUCUGUGUUAGCCAGCUGAAAGUAUUGUUUUCGACAAAACGAAAGCGAAACUUAACUCAAUGGCUGUCUGUUAACUCUUUCCUCCCCCAGUUGCUCCUGCUUCAGUGUUGCACCCGUCUUCUGGGAAAUGGUUGAUCCCACUUGCCCAUAUCAGGUGACUACAACUAAAUAAGUGGAUGUAAAAUUACCUGUGGCUAAAUUUUACUUAAAACUUAGCAGUUUAAGUCACAAAGUUUUUUUAAACACCCAAACAGAAUCACAACCUCGAAUCCAUUAAAUAUUGAGAAAUAACAUUUUUAAUGGCAUACUGACAUCAAAAGAUGAUAGUGUGUGUCUCAAUUUUUUUUUUGUCUGUUUGUAGUUGAUCCGUUUGAAUAAACUUACCCCCGAGUAUCAGACUGUGGUCAAUUAUGUGAAGAAAGAUGGUCUUUUGGACAGACCCAUUGUAUCAGUCAGCAGGAUACAGAAUUUGGAUCUCUGGGAGCUAUAUUGUAGGUAAGUAAGUUUUUGAAUUUGACUCCUCUUAUUCUCGUAAUGAUGUCCCCUUUUUUAAGUAGCAUGGUCUUUCUCUUUGUUUGAAGGAAAAAGCAACAGUUGAUGAGAAUUCAUGGAGUCACAGAGAUUCAGGAGAGAAGACUCUUUCAUGGGACUGACGCCAAAAAUGUUGAGACAAUUUGCAAGUAUAAUUUUGAUGUACGGCUGGCUGGACAACAUGGACACUCAUAUGGCAAAGGUAAAUACAAUGUGCAACAAUCGCCCACAUGAAAAUUUGAAAUGUGCGUCUGAGACCAAAUGAGAAUUCUGACCUGUUGGUUUCUCUCUUGUUUCUGUUUUAGGAAUAUAUUUUGCAAAGCAUGCAACAUUUGCAGACAAAUACAGCAGUAAAAGUAAAAACCCUUUGCCGCAGCAUGGUGGGGGUUUACAAAAUGUAUGUACUGAAGCCACUAAAAUAAUAUUUUUGGCACGGGUGAUGAUCGGCACACCAAAAGCUGGAGCGUCACACUUUCUGAAACCUGAUCAUGAUAGACUGGAAAACUUACACAACAGCUGCGUGGAUGAUAUCAAGCAUCCUAAUAUUUUUGUCAUCUUUGAUCCAAAUCAGAUAUUUCCAGAGUAUGUGAUUCAGUACAAAUGA